AUGGAACUUAAGGCACAAAUUGCCUAUAGAAUGAAGGACUUUGAAGAAGCAAUGAAUUUAUUAAGAAAAUUAUUGCGAACACAUAGUGACGAAUUUGACGAAAUCCGCCGAUCAAAUUUUAUAGCAGUCCAAGCCCGUCUUCAUUCCCAAGGAAAUACUCAAGAAGUAGAUCUUGUUAGUCUGGAUAAAUUUAAUUUGAUGUUCAAUGCAAGUUGCCAUUUAAUUGCAAGUGGAAAAUUAACAGAGGCACAUGAAUUGCUUUGCAAGGCUUUAGAAGAGUGUAAACACUCUUUAGCUAAAGAGGGACUUGAUGAACUUGCUAUUAAAAGAGAAGAAGCUCCUAUUAGAACGCAAAUUGCUUAUGUUCUGAAGGAAAUGGGGAAUGACAAGGAAGCAUUAAAAAUUUAUCUACAAGUCUUGAAAACAAAGUAA